AUGCGCUCUCCCGGUGCUUGCCUACGCUCGCCCACGCUUGCCGACGCAGGCCGUCGCAGGCCGUCGCAGGCCGACGCAGGCCGACGCAGGCCGUCGCAGGCCGACGCAGGCCGACGCAGGCCGUCGCAGGCCGACGCAGGCCGACGCAGGCCCACGCUCUCCCACGUUGACCACGCUCUCCGACACUCUCGAACGCUCUCCGACACUCUCGAGCGCUUUCCCCGCAGAUGGUUCUUCGAUGUGGGAAGAGCCUCUUGUUGUGAGCCUGGCUUCCUGUUCUCCGAUAGGCGCCGGUACCUCAAAAACUGCAAGGCUGCAUUACAUGCUAAGAAGUCCUUUCUUUAUGGUGCGCCAAGAUGUCCAGUGAAAAGUUCUGUGAAAGUACAUCCACGUAGUCCAAUCCUUGCCUGUGUGGAUUUAUUGAUCUUGCUGAAGACAGACAGUGGACCCCACUUAUUUGUGAAUUGGGGAACAGCCUUUAAGAGCUGGAAGAUGAGAGCUCCAAUUCCGCACUUGAUUCUCUUAUAUGCUACUUUUACUCAGAGUUUGAAGGUUGUGACCAAAAGAGGUUCUGCUGAUGGAUGCACAGAUUGGUCUGUCGAUAUCAAGAAAUACCAAGUUUUGGUGGGAGAGCCUGUUCGAAUCAAAUGUGCACUCUUUUAUGGUUAUAUCAGAGCCAAUUACUCCCUAGCCCAAAGUGCUGGACUCAGUUUGAUGUGGUACAAAAGCUCUGGCCCCGGAGACUUUGAAGAGCCAAUAGCCUUUGAUGGAAGUAGAAUGAGCAAGGAAGAGGACUCCAUUUGGUUCCGGCCAACAUUACUGCAGGACAGUGGUCUUUACGCCUGUGUCAUCAGAAACUCCACUUACUGUAUGAAAGUAUCCAUCUCACUGACAGUGGGUGAAAAUGACACUGGACUGUGCUACAAUUCCAAGAUGAAGUACUUUGAUAAAGCUGAACUUAGCAAAAGCAAGGAAAUUUCGUGCCGUGACAUAGAAGAUUUUUUACUACCAUCCAGAGAACCUGAAAUCCUAUGGUAUAAGGAAUGUAGGACAAAAACAUGGAGGCCAAGUAUUGUAUUCAAAAGAGAUACCCUGCUUAUAAGAGAAGUCAGAGAAGACGACAUUGGAAAUUAUACGUGUGAAUUAAAAUAUGGAGGCUUUGUUGUGAGAAGAACUACUGAACUAACUGUUACAGCCCCUCUGACUGAUAAACCACCCAAGCUUUUGUAUCCUAUGGAAAGUAAACUGACAAUUCAGGAGACCCAGCUGGGCGAUUCAGCUAAUCUAACCUGCAGAGCUUUCUUUGGGUACAGUGGAGAUGUCAGUCCUUUAAUUUACUGGAUGAAAGGAGAGAAGUUUAUUGAAGAUCUGGAUGAAAAUCGAGUUUGGGAAAGUGACAUUAGAAUCCUUAAGGAGCAUCUUGGGGAACAGGAAGUUUCCAUCUCAUUAAUUGUGGACUCUGUAGAAGAAGGUGACUUGGGAAAUUACUCCUGUUAUGUUGAAAAUGGAAAUGGACGUCGGCAUGCCAGUGUUCUCCUUCACAAACGGGAGCUGAUGUAUACAGUUGAACUUGCUGGAGGGCUUGGUGCUAUCCUUCUGCUGCUUGUUUGUUUGGUGACCAUCUACAAGUGUUACAAGAUAGAAAUCAUGCUCUUCUAUAGGAAUCAUUUUGGGGCUGAGGAGCUGGAUGGAGAUAAUAAAGAUUAUGAUGCAUACUUAUCAUACACCAAAGUGGAUCCUGACCAGUGGAAUCAAGAGACUGGGGAAGAAGAACGCUUUGCUCUUGAAAUCCUACCUGAUAUGCUUGAAAAGCAUUAUGGAUAUAAGUUGUUUAUACCAGAUAGAGAUUUAAUCCCAACUGGAACAUAUAUUGAAGAUGUGGCAAGGUGUGUAGAUCAAAGCAAGCGGCUGAUUAUUGUCAUGACCCCAAAUUACGUAGUCAGAAGGGGCUGGAGCAUCUUUGAGCUGGAGACCAGACUUCGAAACAUGCUUGUGACUGGAGAAAUUAAAGUGAUACUAAUUGAAUGCAGCGAGCUACGAGGAAUUAUGAACUACCAGGAGGUGGAGGCCCUCAAGCACACCAUCAAGCUCCUGACCGUUAUUAAAUGGCAUGGACCAAAAUGCAACAAGUUGAACUCUAAGUUCUGGAAACGUUUACAAUAUGAAAUGCCUUUUAAGAGGAUAGAACCCAUUACGCACGAGCAGGCUUUAGAUGUUAGUGAGCAGGGGCCUUUCGGGGAGCUGCAGACUGUCUCAGCCAUUUCCAUGGCUGCGGCCACCUCCACAGCUCUAGCCACUGCCCAUCCAGAUCUCCGAUCCACCUUUCACAACACUUACCAUUCACAAAUGCGUCAGAAACACUACUACCGAAGCUAUGAAUACGACGUACCUCCUACCGGCACCCUGCCUCUUACCUCCAUAGGAAAUCAGCAUACCUAUUGUAACAUCCCUAUGACACUCAUCAACGGUCAGCGGCCACAGACAAAAUCGAGCAGGGAGCAGAAUCCAGACGAGGCCCACACAAACAGUGCCAUCCUGCCGCUGUUGCCAAGGGAGACCAGUAUAUCCAGUGUGAUAUGGUGA